CAGCCUUCAAGGAAUUUACACACUUGAGGGGAAGGAAAGAGACUGACCGGCAUGUCUCAUCCUAGUGUAAUGAGCCCAGAGUGACCGGCUGUCCGGAGGGGAUCGUGGCAACAGCACCGCGGCGGCAGCUUCACGACUGAGGCAGUGAGUCAGUGAAGCUUGAAAAAGAGGAGCCACCUGCCAAGAAAUUGGAAACCACUCAAAACAUUUCUGAGGCCAUCGACCACCUGAGGCCAGCCAGAUUGACUUGAUGCAAAACAUCACAAAGGCUCCAUAUUAUACAGUAUGCGAUUUUUGAGAACUGACAGUGCAUCAGCCGACCCAGAUACAUUAAAAUAUUCUUCAUCCAGAGAUAGGGGUGGGCCUUCUUCUUAUGGACUGCAACCUUCCAAUUCAGCUGUGGUGUCUCGGCAAAGGCACGAUGAUACCAGAGUUCACACUGACAUUCAGAAUGACGAAAAGGGUGGCUACAGUGUCAAUGGAGGAUCUGGGGAAAAUACUUAUGGUCGGAAGUCGUUGGGGCAAGAGCUGAGAGUUAACAAUGUGACCAGCCCUGAGUUCACCAGUAUUCAGCAUGGCAGUCGUGCGUUAGCCAUCAAAGACAUGAGGAAAUCACAGGAGCGAUCGAUGUCUUAUUCUGAUGAGUCUCGACUGUCGAAUCUUCUUCGGAGGAUCACCCGGGAAGAUGACAGAGACCGAAGACUGGCUACUGUAAAGCAGUUGAAAGAAUUUAUUCAGCAACCAGAAAAUAAGUUGGUACUAGUUAAACAAUUGGAUAAUAUCUUGGCUGCUGUACAUGAUGUGCUUAAUGAAAGUAGCAAAUUGCUUCAGGAGUUGAGACAGGAGGGGGCUUGCUGUCUUGGCCUUCUUUGUGCUUCUCUGAGCUAUGAGGCUGAGAAGAUCUUCAAAUGGAUUUUUAGCAAAUUUAGCUCAUCUACAAAAGAUGAAGUUAAACUCCUCUACUUAUGUGCCACCUACAAAGCAUUAGAGACUGUAGGAGAAAAGAAAGCCUUUUCAUCUGUAAUGCAGCUUGUAAUGACCAGUCUACAGUCCAUUCUUGAAAAUGUGGAUACACCAGAAUUACUUUGCAAAUGUGUCAAGUGCAUUCUUUUGGUGGCUCGAUGUUACCCUCAUAUUUUCAGCACUAAUUUUAGGGAUACAGUUGAUAUAUUAGUUGGAUGGCAUAUAGAUCAUACUCAGAAACCUUCGCUUACACAGCAGGUGUCUGGAUGGUUGCAGAGUUUAGAGCCGUUUUGGGUGGCUGAUCUUGCAUUUUCUACCACCCUUCUUGGUCAGUUUUUAGAGGAUAUGGAGGCAUAUGCUGAGGACCUCAGCCAUGUGGCCUCUGGGGAGUCGGUGGAUGAAGAUGUUCCUCCUCCGUCUGUGUCCUUACCAAAGCUGGCAGCUCUUCUCCGGGUGUUCAGUACUGUAGUGAGGAGCAUUGGGGAACGCUUCAGCCCAAUUAGAGGUCCUCCAAUUACUGAGGCGUAUGUAACAGAUGUUCUGUACAGAGUAAUGAGAUGUGUGACGGCUGCAAACCAAGUGUUUUUUUCUGAGGCUGUGUUGACAGCUGCUAAUGAGUGUGUUGGUGUUUUGCUCGGCAGCUUGGAUCCUAGCAUGACUAUACAUUGUGACAUGGUCAUUACAUAUGGAUUAGAUCAACUGGAGAAUUGCCAGACAUGCGGUACAGAUUAUAUCAUCUCAGUCUUGAAUUUACUCACAUUGAUUGUUGAACAGAUAAAUACAAAACUGCCAUCGUCAUUUGUAGAAAAACUGUUUAUACCAUCAUCUAAACUACUAUUUUUGCGUUAUCAUAAAGAAAAGGAGGUUGUUGCAGUAGCCCAUGCUGUUUAUCAAGCAGUGCUUAGCCUGAAGAACAUUCCUGUUUUGGAGACUGCCUAUAAAUUAAUUCUGGGGGAAAUGACUUGUGCCCUAAACAAUCUGCUACAUAGUCUACAGCUUCCUGAUGCCUGUUCUGAAAUAAAACACGAGGCUUUUAAAAAUCAUGUAUUCAAUGUAGACAAUGCCAAAUUUGUAGUUAUAUUUGACCUCAGUGCCCUGACUACAAUUGGAAAUGCCAAAAACUCGCUAAUUGGGAUGUGGGCACUGUCUCCAACUGUCUUUGCCCUCCUGAGUAAGAAUCUGAUGAUUGUGCACGGUGACUUGGCUGUUCACUUCCCUGCCAUUCAGUAUGCAGUGCUCUACACGUUGUAUUCUCAUUGUACCAGGCACGAUCACUUUAUAUCUAGUAGUCUUAGUUCUUCGUCCCCGUCUUUGUUUGAUGGAGCUGUGAUUAGUACUGUAACUACAGCUACAAAAAAACAUUUCUCAAUUAUAUUAAAUCUCCUGGGAAUAUUGCUUAAGAAAGAUAAUCUUAACCAGGACACAAGGAAACUGUUAAUGACGUGGGCUUUGGAAGUGGCUGUUUUAAUGAAGAAGUCUGAAACAUAUGCACCUUUAUUCUCUCUUCCAUCUUUCCAUAAAUUUUGUAAAGGCCUUUUAGCCAACACUCUUGUUGAAGACGUGAAUAUCUGUCUGCAAGCCUGCAGCAGUCUACAUGCUUUGUCGUCUUCCUUGCCAGAUGAUCUUCUACAGCGGUAUGGACUAAAGCUUCUAUCUUCUGACCCUGGUCCUAGUACCCUGGAACUGUUGCUGCACUUCUUUCUGUUACCUGUUUCGUUUUUUUGUAGGUGUGUUGAUGUUUGCCGUGUUCAGCUUGUCCACAGUGGAACUCGCAUUCGACAAGCAUUUGGAAAGCUGUUGAAGUCAAUUCCUUUAGAUGUUGUCUUGAGCAAUAACAAUCACACAGAAAUUCAAGAAAUUUCUUUAGCAUUAAGAAGUCACAUGAGUAAAGCACCGAGUAACACAUUCCACCCACAAGAUUUCUCUGAUGUUAUUAGUUUUAUUUUAUAUGGGAAUUCUCAUAGAACAGGGAAGGACAAUUGGUUAGAAAGAUUGUUCUAUAGCUGCCAGAGACUGGAUAAGCGUGACCAAUCAACAAUUCCCCGAAAUCUUCUAAAGACAGAUGCCGUCCUUUGGCAGUGGGCUAUUUGGGAAGCAGCACAGUUCACUGUGCUUUCUAAGUUGAGAACCCCACUGGGCAGAGCUCAGGAUACGUUCCAGACAAUUGAAGGUAUCAUUAGAAGUCUCGCGGCUCACACGUUAAACCCCGAUCAAGAUGUUAGUCAAUGGACAACUGCAGACAAUGAUGAAGGCCACAGUAGCAACCAGCUUAGACUUGUUCUUCUUCUGCAGUAUCUGGAAAAUCUGGAGAAGUUAAUGUAUAACGCAUAUGAGGGGUGCGCUAAUGCAUUAACGUCACCUCCCAAGGUCAUUAGGACUUUUUUCUAUACCAAUCGCCAAACUUGUCAAGACUGGCUGACGCGGAUCCGACUCUCCAUUAUGAGGGUUGGGUUGUUGGCAGGCCAGCCUGCUGUGACAGUGAGGCAUGGCUUUGACUUGCUUACAGAAAUGAAGACAAAUCUAUCUCAGGGGAAUGAAUUGGAAGUAACCAUCAUGAUGGUGGUAGAAGCUCUGUGUGAGCUGCAUUGUCCUGAAGCCAUACAGGGAAUUGCUGUCUGGUCAUCCUCCAUUGCUGGCAAGAAUCUUCUCUGGAUUAAUUCAGUGGCCCAGCAGGCAGAAGGGAGGUUUGAGAAGGCCUCUGUGGAGUACCAGGAGCACCUGUGUGCCAUGACAGGUGUCGAUUGCUGCGUCUCCAGCUUUGACAAAUCCGUUCUCACGUUGGCCAACGCUGGGCGAAACAGUGCCAGCCCCAAACAUUCUCUGAAUGGUGAAUCCAGGAAAACUGUGCUAUCCAAAUCAACGGACUCUUCCCCCGAGGUUAUAAAUUAUUUGGGAAAUAAAGCAUGUGAGUGUUACAUUUCCAUUGCGGACUGGGCUGCCGUGCAGGACUGGCAGAAUGCUAUCCACGACCUGAAAAAGAGCACCGGCAGCACUUCUCUCAACCUAAAGGCUGAUUUCAACUACAUAAAAUCACUAAGCAGUUUUGAAUCUGGAGAAUUUGUUGAAUGUACUGAGCAGUUAGAAUUGUUACCAGGAGAAAAUGUCAAUCUACUUGCUGGAGGAUCAAAAGAGAAAAUAGAUAUGAAAAAACUGCUUCCUAACAUGUUAAGCCCAGAUCCAAAGGAACUUCAGAAAUCGAUUGAGGUUCAGUUGUUGCGAAGUUCUGUUUGUUUGGCAACUGCUCUAAACCAUAUAGAACAAGACCAGAAGUGGCAGUCCAUAACUGAAAAUGUGGUAAAGUACUUGAAGCAAACCUCCCGCAUAGCUAUUGGACCCCUGAGACUUUCUACUUUAACGGUUUCACAGUCUCUGCCAGUUCUAAGUACCUUACAGCUGUAUUGCUCUUCUGCUCUGGAGAACACAGUUUCUAACAGACUUUCAACAGAGGAUUGUCUUAUUCCACUCUUCAGUGAAGCUCUGCGUUCAUGUAAACAGCAUGAUGUGAGGCCGUGGAUGCAGGCCUUAAGAUAUACCAUGUACCAGAGUCAGUUGUUGGAGAAGAUAAAAGAACAAACAGUUCCAAUUAGAAGCCAUCUGAUGGAAUUAGGUCUAACAGCAGCAAAAUUUGCUAGAAAACGAGGGAAUGUGUCACUUGCAACAAGACUGCUGGCACAGUGUAGUGAGGUUCAGCUGGGAAAGACUACCACUGCUCAGGAUUUAGUCCAGCAUUUUAAAAAACUAUCAACUCAAGGUCAAGUGGAUGAAAAAUGGGGGCCUGAACUUGACAUUGAAAAAACCAAAUUGCUGUAUACAGCAGGCCAGUCAACACACGCAAUGGAAAUGUUGAGUUCUUGUGCCAUAUCUUUCUGCAAGUCUGCCAAAGCUGAAUAUGCGGUUGCCAAGUCCAUUCUGACACUAGCUAAAUGGAUCCAGGCAGAAUGGAAAGAAAUUUCAGGGCAGCUGAAACAGGUUUAUAGAGCUCAGCAACAGCAAAACUUCACAGGUCUUUCUACUUUGUCUAAAAACAUACUAGCUUUAAUAGAACUGCCAUCUGUUAAUACGAUGGAAGAAGAAUAUCCUCGGAUAGAGAGCGAAUCUACAGUGCAUAUUGGAGUUGGAGAGCCUGACUUCAUUUUGGGACAGUUGUAUCACCUAUCUUCAGUACAGGCACCUGAAGUAGCCAAAUCCUGGGCAGCAUUGGCUAGUUGGGCUUAUAGGUGGGGCAGAAAGGUAGUUGACAAUGCCAGUCAGGGAGAAGGUGUUCGUCUGCUGCCUAGAGAAAAAUCUGAAGUUCAGAAUCUGCUUCCAGACACUAUAACUGAGGAAGAAAAAGAGAGGAUUUAUGGUAUUCUCGGACAGGCUGUCUGUCGGCCAGCGGGGAUUCAGGAUGAAGAUAUAACGCUUCAGAUAACAGAAGGUGAAGAUAACGAGGAAGACGACAUGGUUGAUGUUAUCUGGCGUCAGUUAAUAUCAAGCUGCCCGUGGCUUUCAGAACUUGAUGAAAGUGCAACAGAAGGAGUUAUUAAAGUGUGGAGGAAAGUUGUAGAUCGAAUCUUCAGCCUGUACAAGCUGUCUUGCAGUGCAUAUUUUACCUUCCUUAAACUCAACGCUGGGCAGAUUCCCUUAGAUGAAGACGACCCUAGGCUACACUUAAGUCACAGAGCAGAGCAGAGCACUGAUGAUGUGAUUGUGAUGGCCACCCUGCGCCUGCUCAGAUUGCUCGUGAAACAUGCCGGCGAGCUUAGGCAGUAUCUGGAACGUGGCUUGGAAACAACACCUACUGCUCCAUGGAGAGGAAUUAUUCCACAGCUUUUCUCGCGCUUAAACCAUCCUGAAGUAUAUGUUCGCCAGAGUAUUUGUAACCUCCUCUGCCGAGUGGCUCAAGAUUCCCCACAUCUCAUACUGUACCCUGCAAUAGUGGGCACCAUAUCACUUAGUACUGAAUCACAGGCUUCAGGAAAUAAGUUUUCCUCUGCAAUUCCAACUUUACUUGGCAAUAUUCAAGGAGAAGAAUUGCUGGUUUCUGAAUGUGAGGGAGGAAGUCCUCCUGCCUCUCAGGAUAGCAACAAGGAUGAACCUAAAAGUGGAUUAAAUGAAGACCAGGCCAUGAUGCAGGAUUGCUACAGCAAAAUUGUCGAUAAACUGUCCUCUGCAAACCCAACCAUGGUGUUACAGGUUCAGAUGCUUGUGGCUGAGCUGCGCAGGGUCACUGUUCUCUGGGACGAGCUCUGGUUGGGAGUUCUGUUACAGCAACAUAUGUAUGUCCUGAGACGAAUCCAGCAGCUGGAAGAUGAGGUGAAGAGAGUCCAGAACAACAACACCUUACGCAAAGAAGAGAAAAUUGCUAUCAUGCGGGAAAAGCACACGGCUUUGAUGAAGCCCAUUGUGUUCGCGUUGGAGCAUGUGAGGAGCAUCACCGCGGCCCCUGCGGAGACACCUCAUGAAAAGUGGUUUCAGGAUAACUAUGGUGAAGCAAUUGAAAAUGCUCUUGAAAAACUGAAGACACCCUCCAAUCCCGCAAAGCCUGGAAGCAGCUGGAUUCCCUUUAAAGAGAUAAUGCUGAGUUUGCAACAGAGAGCACAGAAACGUGCAAGUUACAUCUUGCGUCUUGAAGAAAUCAGCCCCUGGCUGGCUGCCAUGACUAACACUGAAAUUGCUCUUCCUGGAGAGGUGUCAGCUAGAGACACUGUCACAAUCCACAGUGUGGGCGGAACCAUCACCAUCUUACCUACCAAAACCAAGCCAAAGAAACUUCUCUUUCUGGGGUCAGAUGGGAAAAGCUAUCCUUACCUUUUCAAAGGAUUGGAAGAUUUACAUCUGGAUGAGAGAAUAAUGCAAUUCCUGUCUAUUGUGAAUACCAUGUUUGCUACAAUCAAUCGCCAGGAAACGCCCCGUUUCCAUGCCCGACACUAUUCUGUAACACCGCUAGGAACACGAUCAGGACUAAUCCAGUGGGUGGAUGGAGCCACACCUUUAUUUGGUCUUUACAAACGAUGGCAACAACGGGAGGCCGCCUUACAAGCACAGAAGGCCCAAGAUUCCUACCAAACUCCUCAGAAUCCGGGAAUUGUACCUCGUCCUAGUGAACUUUAUUAUAGUAAAAUUGGCCCUGCUUUAAAAGCAGUUGGACUUAGUUUGGAUGUGUCCCGACGAGAUUGGCCUCUUCAUGUAAUGAAGGCGGUAUUAGAAGAGUUAAUGGAGGCCACCCCCCCCAAUCUUCUUGCUAAAGAGCUUUGGUCAUCUUGUACCACCCCUGACGAAUGGUGGAGAGUCACACAGUCUUACGCCAGAUCUACUGCAGUCAUGUCUAUGGUCGGAUACAUAAUUGGCCUUGGAGACAGACAUCUGGAUAACGUUCUCAUAGAUAUGACGACUGGAGAGGUGGUUCACAUAGACUACAACGUUUGCUUUGAAAAAGGUAAAAGCCUUAGAGUUCCUGAGAAGGUCCCUUUCCGAAUGACACAGAACAUUGAAACGGCACUGGGUGUAACUGGAGUAGAAGGUGUUUUUAGGCUUUCAUGCGAGCAGGUUCUACACAUUAUGCGGCGCGGCAGAGAGACUCUGCUGACUUUGCUGGAGGCCUUUGUGUAUGACCCUCUGGUGGACUGGACGGCCGGGGGCGAGGCCGGGUUUGCUGGCGCUGUGUACGGUGGAGGCGGCCAGCAGGCCGAGAGCAAGCAGAGCAAGAGAGAGAUGGAGCGAGAGAUCACCCGCAGCCUCUUUUCUUCCAGAGUAGCUGAAAUUAAGGUGAACUGGUUUAAGAACAGGGAUGAGAUGCUGGUUGUGCUUCCCAAGCUGGACAGCAGCUUAGAUGAAUACCUAAGCUUGCAAGAGCAACUGACAGAUGUGGAAAAACUGCAGGGCAAACUGCUAGAAGAAAUAGAGUUUCUAGAAGGAGCGGAAGGAGUGGACCAUCCUUCUCACACUCUGCAACACAGGUAUUCUGAACACACUCAACUACAGACUCAGCAAAGGGCUGUUCAGGAAGCAAUCCAGGUGAAGCUCAAUGAAUUUGAACAGUGGAUAACACAUUAUCAGGCUGCGUUCAAUAAUUUAGAAGCAACACAGCUUGCAAGUUUGCUUCAGGAGAUCAGCACACAAAUGGACCUUGGUCCUCCGAGCUAUGUGCCAGCGACAGCCUUUCUACAGAAUGCCGGCCAGGCCCACUUGAUCAGCCAGUGCGAGCAGCUGGAGGGGGAGGUGGGCGCCCUUCUCCAGCAGCGGCGCUCCGUGCUCCGGGGCUGCCUGGAGCAGCUGCAUCACUAUGCGACCGUGGCUCUGCAGUACCCCAAGGCCAUAUUUCAGAAACAUCGGAUUGAACAGUGGAAGACCUGGAUGGAAGAGCUCAUCUGUAACAUCACAGUAGAGCGCUGUCAGGAGCUCUACAGGAAAUACGAAAUGCAGUAUGCCCCCCAGCCCCCCCCAACAGUGUGUCAGUUCAUCACUGCCACCGAAAUGACUCUGCAGCGGUACGCAGCUGACAUCAACAGCAGGCUUAUUAGGCAAGUGGAACGCUUGAAACAGGAAGCUGUCACUGUGCCUGUCUGUGAAGAUCAAUUGAAAGAAAUUGAACGUUGUAUUAAAGUUUUUCUUCACGAGAAUGGAGAAGAAGGAUCUUUGAGUCUAGCGAGUGUUAUCAUUUCGGCCCUUUGUACCCUCACAAGGCGGAACCUGAUGAUGGAAGGUGCAGCUUCAAGCGCGGGAGAGCAGCUGGUGGAUCUGACCUCUCGGGACGGAGCCUGGUUCCUGGAGGAGCUCUGCAGCAUGAGCGGGAACGUCACGUGCCUGGUGCAGUUACUGAAGCAGUGCCACCUGGUGCCGCAGGACUUAGACAUCCCGAACCCCCUGGAAGCUUCUGAGGCGGUUCACCUGGCCAACGGAGUAUACACCUCCCUUCAGGAAUUAAAUUCAAAUUUCCGGCAAAUCAUAUUUCCAGAAGCACUGAGAUGUUUGAUGAAAGGAGAGUACACUUUAGAAAGUAUGCUUCAUGAGCUGGACGGUCUUAUUGAGCAGACCACUGAUGGCGUUCCCCUGCAGACUCUAGUUGAAUCUCUUCAGGCCUACUUAAGAAAUGCAGCUAUGGGACUCGAGGAAGAAACACAUGCUCAUUACAUCGAUGUAGCCAGAAUACUUCAUGCUCAAUAUGGUGAAUUAAUCCAACCAAGAAAUGGUUCAGUUGAUGAAACACCAAAAAUGUCAGCUGGCCAGAUGCUGUUGGUAGCAUUUGAUGGCAUGUUUGCCCAGGUGGAAACUGCUUUUGGUUUACUAAUUGAAAAGUUAAACAAGAUGGAAAUUCCCAUAGCUUGGCGAAAGAUUGACAUUAUAAGGGAAGCUAGGAGCACCCAAGUCAAUUUUUUUGAUGAUGAUAAUCACCGGCAGGUGCUAGAAGAAAUUUUCUUUCUAAAAAGACUACAGACAAUUAAGGAGUUCUUCAGGCUCUGUGGUACCUUUUCUAAAACUUUGUCAGGAUCAAGUUCACUUGAAGAUCAGAAUACUGUAAAUGGUCCUGUUCAGAUGGUCAAUGUGAAAACCCUUUUUAGAAACUCUUGUUUCAGUGAAGACCAGAUGGCCAAACCUAUAAAGGCAUUCACGGCUGACUUCGUGAGGCAGCUCUUGAUUGGACUUCCCAACCAAGCCCUAGGACUCACCCUCUGCAGUUUUAUCAGUGCUCUAGGUGUAGACAUUAUUGCUCAAGUAGAGGCGAAGGAUUUUGGUGCUGAAAGCAAAGUUUCUGUUGAUGAUCUUUGUAAGAAAGCAGUGGAGCACAACAUCCAGAUCGGAAAGUUCUCUCAAUUGGUCAUGAACAGGGCGACGGUGUUAGCGAGUUCCUACGACACUGCCUGGAAGAAGCAUGAUUUGGUGCGCAGGCUGGAAACCAGUAUUUCUUCUUGUAAGACAAGCCUGCAGCGUGUUCAGCUGCAUAUUGCCAUGUUUCAAUGGCAGCAUGAAGACCUCCUUAUCAAUAGACCACAAGCCGUGUCAGUCACACCUCCCCCUCGGUCUGCCAUCCUAACCAGCAUGAAAAAGAAACUCCAUACUCUGAGCCAAAUUGAAACUUCAAUUGCAACAGUUCAGGAGAAACUAGCAGCACUUGAAGCAAGUAUUGAACAGCGACUCAAGUGGGCAGGCGGUGCUAACCCUGCACUGGCACCUGUACUGCAGGAUUUUGAAGCAACAAUAGCCGAAAGGAGAAAUCUUGUCCUUAAAGAGAGCCAAAGAGCAAGCCAGGUCACUUUCCUCUGCAGCAAUAUCAUUCAUUUUGAAAGUUUACGAACUAGAACUGCAGAAGCCUUAAACCUGGAUGCUGCGUUAUUUGAACUAAUCAAACGAUGCCAGCAAAUGUGUUCAUUUGCAUCACAGUUUAACAGUUCAGUCUCUGAGUUAGAGCUUCGUUUAUUACAGAGAGUGGACACCAGUCUUGAACAUCCUAUUGGCAGCUCUGAAUGGCUUUUGUCAGCACACAAACAACUGACUCAGGAUAUGUCUACUCAGAGGGCAAUUCAGACAGAGAAAGAGCAACAGAUAGAAACAGUCUGUGAAACAAUUCAGAAUCUGGUUGAUAAUAUAAAAACUGUGCUCACUGGUCAUAACCGGCAACUUGGAGACGUCAAACACCUCCUAAAAGCAAUGGCCAAGGAUGAAGAAGCUGCCCUGGCAGACGGUGAGGAUGUCCCUUAUGAGAGCAGUGUCAGGCAGUUCCUAGGUGAAUACAAAUCAUGGCAAGACAACAUUCAGACGGUGCUGUUCACAUUAGUCCAAGCUAUGGGUCAGGUUCGAAGUCAAGAACACGUUGAAAUGCUCCAGGAAAUAACUCCCACCUUGAAAGAACUGAAAACACAGAGUCAGAGUAUCUAUAAUAAUUUAGUGGGUUUUGCAUCACCCUUAGUCACCGAUGCAACAAAUGAAUGUUCGAGUCCAACGUCAGCUGCUACUUACCAGCCAUCCUUUGCUGCAGCAGUCCGGAGCAACACUGGCCAGAAGACUCAGCCUGAUGUGAUGUCACAGAACGCUAGAAAGCUGAUUCAGAAAAAUCUUGCCACAUCAGCCGAUACUCCACCAAGCACCAUUCCAGGAACUGGCAAGAGUGUUGCUUGUAGUCCUAAAAAGGCUGUCAGAGACCCUAAAACUGGGAAGGCUGUGCAAGAGAGAAACUCGUAUGCAGUGAGUGUGUGGAAGAGAGUGAAAGCCAAGCUAGAGGGCCGAGAUGUUGAUCCAAAUAGGAGGAUGUCAGUUGCUGAACAGGUUGACUAUGUCAUUAAGGAAGCAACUAAUCUAGAUAACUUGGCUCAGCUGUAUGAAGGUUGGACAGCCUGGGUAUGAAUGGCAAGAUAGUAGAUGAGUCUGGUUAAGCGAGGUCAGACAUCCACCAGAAUCAACUCAGCCUCAGGCAUCCAAAGCCACACCACAGUCGGUGGUGAUGCAACUGGGGGCUUACUCUGAGGAAACCUAGGAAAUCUCGGGCGCUAGGAAGUGAAUCCUGCAGGACAGCUGCACUCAGGGAUACGCCCAACACCAUGGCCUGCAACCCCAGGGUCAAGGGUGAAAGAAAGAAAGCUCACCGCCUGAACAUGGAGAUUGUCUUUCUGCCACAGAACAGCUGCAAACGUGUCAGGAGGUUAGCUGCAGAAAGAAAUCGGGAUGCCGCGGAGCACAGAGUGAUUUGGAACUCCAUUCCACCUGACCCUGUGUGUACAAUCCAGGAAAAAACAAACCCCGCUCAGAAACAGAGAAGACUGGGGCCGCGAAGAAAUCACAGCCAAGGAAGAUUUGAUGCAUUCAGAUUCUCGUGUAACACUUGUUGCUUGGCAACAGUACUGGUUGGGUUGACCAGUAGGCACAAAAAGGCUAUGCGAUAAGAAUUUCAGAAAUGGACUGGAAAUGGAGAGCUAUGUAACAGAUACACUACAUUGGAAGAACUUACUUCUGAAAUGAAGGGAAAAAAAACUACCCAUCGUCCUGUCCUCCUCCCCCAACCCCACACCAUCUACCCAUCCUCUUUUUACCUGAUCUAGUAGAUUAGCCAUCUUUCAAUUUUACUUUUAUUUCAAUCCUUACAUUUCAUAUACUUCCGUCUCGAUGCUGUUAACCUAUUUGGAGUGAUAAACAGGAAUUUCUCCAAAACCACUGAUAACAUGGAAAAUUCAAGGAUUGUUUAAAGGUCUGAUGAUCACAUACAAAAUGUAAUCCUGGUUAUUUAAGUCAUUUCUGUGAUUCUAUCAUGUACAGUUUCCAGAAUUGUCACUGUGCAUUCAAAAGUAAUGAAUCUAACAGACAUUUGAUUUAAUGUACGCUCCCCUUUGCUUAUAGUGUGCAUUUUUGGGAGGUCAUUCAAAUUUUCCCUCUUCUGCGAUUGCUGUAGUUUCUUUCAUAGAAAGUAGCUAAUCCAAUGUAAUCUUUUACCUUUUUAAAAACCAGGAUAGAGUACCCAUUAGAGUUUUACAUUGUUGAUGACAGAUUAACAAUAAAGUGAUGUUCUGGUGGAGGUAGAGUGAAAUGUUUUUUAAUUCAGUUUUCUCAUUUGAUACUUUUAAUUUACAAAGUGUAAAUUAAAAGUGCUUUGGUUUACCUGGCAUUUUAGGACAUGUACAUGAAACAUCAGCAAAUGAGAACCACCGCCAUCGUUUAUUAAGUUCAGUUAUUAAUCUGUGAAGUCCUUUACUUUUUGCACAAUUUUAAUAGUUUGCUGUGAAUUCAUGAUCAAGGUUUCCUUAAAUUUAGUGUUGCAUUUCAGUACUGUAAGCUGAAUUGUUGAUCCACAAUAAAACACAGACUAGGAUAGGAUUCUUAAAAUCACGUAUCAACACAAAAUCUUGACUGAAUACAUUUUUCCUGCAUUUUAGAGAUUAGGACUGUGAUCAUUUCUGGUCGCCGGUCUUCACAGACAAACUUGAAGGGUAUUAAGGAAAAAUUCCACAUAGCUCUGGCCUUUUCUGUAUUCUGAUUGCCACCUUAAUCUAUAAUCCUUAGGUACCCGUGAGAGAAUGCAUCUCAGGAUCAGUGCUUUUUUUAAUACUUAGGCAAGUAUUGCAAGCAAGGUGGUAUUUUCAAAUACCCGUGUGUCCAAUAGCCAGUUAAGGAACCUAGUGCAUCAAAUUUUAUUUUCUUCAUUCAUUUGGACCUUAUUUUCACAAUCGAAACAACCUAUCUGGAAUAAUGAUGCCAUAUUGUGUUUUGCACGCUGCUUUAUUUCCUCAAGGCUCUGUGGGAGCUGCCGCGUCCAUCACCUGAUUACCUCUGCUCUCUCAAAAGUAAAGUCUUUCCGGCGACAUUCUUUGUUGUCACAAGGAAAAACUUUUAUCACAGUGAUAAAACAAGGUCACACUAGUUUGUCCCGACAGAAAUUGCUUUUUUUUAGGUAAGGAAGGUAAAGGAAAUAGGUGGGUUUUAUUGCCUGAGAAUUUCAGGCUUCAGAGGUACCUGGCACCUUAUCCGAGCAAAAACAAAACAGCUUUAUAUCAGAAACAUGUGCCUCUGAUAAAUUAUCCAUCGCUUUUAUUUUAAAAUGGUCCCUCUGAGAAGAAAUAGUGUGGCAUCAUACAUGUUUGGUUGUGGGGCAGAUGUGACCGAUGACUUCAAAGCUUGCUCUUUACUGCACUCUGCACAAUAAGACCCUGAUCUGUACAGUUUGCCUUCGUCUGGGAAGUCUUUCUGUAAGCAGCCUUGGCUUUUUGAACCGUUGGAAGCAAACUCAGCAGAUGUAAUCCGUGAUGAAAGGCCCUAGUGAUGGAGCAGACUGAGAAGCCAGCGCAAUACUGGAGGGAUUGUUUUGUAAGAUAAAGUUGAGAGUGCGGUAGUUGUGAAGUCACACGUCUUUGCUGAUACAGAAUACCUGUGGACAACCAGGGAUCUGCUCCUCUCUUUUCCUUUCUCUCCAAGAUUCAGGGGGUAUACAAUAACCUACAACCUCUUCUUCCAUUCAAAGUACCCUUGGAAAUUGAAGUCGUGUUUUGUUGUCUUUGAUUUUCUAAAAUUGCCUGAAUUUUAGUUGAUAUCUCUACAGAGCUGUGGAGGCUUAGUGGUUUACGGAGCUGUGUGUAUUUCUCGUUUAGUCUUUCUUCGCUGUGUCUCGCAGGAUCUCAUUCUCUCUGGUCAUGAGUUAACAUAGUUUACUAGGAUUAUUAAGAUUCUUUUGCGUCUGGCACUUGUGGUGAGUGUUUUUGAGAUAUGUGAGAUUUCUCUGUGUGAACUGAUAAUCAAGCUCUUGAUCUGCUUCCCUAAUUUUUUUUUUUUUUUAAGAGCCCAAACCCCAAGUUCAGGGUGAGGGUUUGUAAUACAAAGAAAAACUUUCGUAACUUCUGCCCUUAACACUUGCCACUAUGAAGCUUAGUGUGUAGUUUUUCUUAAUACUGUCCGUGUUUGGUAUCUUCUGCAUUGUUUUUGUUUUUUAAUUGUGGUUGUUCUGACGUGUGAAAUUUAAGGAAAGAGCCAUUAAAAAAUGCCGAGCAGGGCAAUGCAAGUACAGCCAAAAAUAUUAGAGUUGAUGUGCAAUCUUAGGUCCUUUUAAAUCUGGGGUAUUAUAGGCAGUACUUUAAAUUGAAAAGUCUUCCUGGCCUAUUAUCCUCCACAUAUUUGUAAUUAUUCUGGGGGCUUACUUGUUUUGGCAGUACUAAAAUCAAAGGGGCUGGUUCUUCUUUUACCUAAUUCUUUUCAUAUGAAAGGAAGCACCUACAAUUAGCCUGUUAGACCGAUUCAUAUACAUCAAAAAUCAGCAAAUACUUUACUGUUAGCGCACAUACCUUUGUUUUACAUAAGAUUAGAUGAAUGUGAAAAACAGUGACCUUCCAUGCUCUAUCAUCGUGGGCUUGUAAAAUGUAAUUUAGAGCUAGGACUUUCCCCCCUUCAAUCAAGGAGGUAGACUAUAGUAAUGUAAGGGUCACUUAAAGAAGGUAGAUUUUGUUUUCAAUGUAUGGGUUGUAUUAGAAAUUUUCCUCCUGUGGGGAAAAGCUAGCUUAGGGUUACAAAUUUUUCCAAACAUUGCAGAAGGGGGAAUCCCCUGUAUUAUGAACCCCUCAGGAUUUGUUGCACUUUUCCUGCUUUUUAGGCCUGAGUAACAUCACCACCAUCCCUUAUUUACAAAAAGGCAAAUGGACUCCAAUUGAGAAGCUUUACAGGUUAAGGGUUAGUUGUACAACAUGAACCACUUAGAGUCCCUUGCUUUCUACGGGAAAUUGGGCUUACUAGGGAAAAGCUGUUUGUUGUGCUAAUGUAAAAAUGUCAUACAAUUAGUUUGAUUUUUGAAGAUGGUAAACUUAAGGAAUUGCAUGUUCUCCGGAAAUGCAGGCUUGUAGAAUGUUUUUCUUUCAAAACAGGCUGAUUUUUUUUUUCUUUUCUUUGCCUGACAGUCCAAGUUUCAGCUCCUGUUUAAAGUUGUUGUGUCAGUUAUUUUCCUGUUUUAAAUUUCUCUUAUAUUUCCACCUGUAAUGUCAGUGGCAACAUCAUACUUCAUUUGUUAAUUUACUUUACCCUUAUAAGAGCAAAUUGAGUUUAAAUGAAUCUUCCUUGUCCUAGUAACAUUGUAUAAAUAAAGUGGCUUCUCUGUACAAAAGGUUGUAAUGCCUCCUGAUGGAUAUAAUUUUGUGAUUGUAUUUAAGAUUAAAAGUUGAAUAAAUCACACCAGCUUCCUGAAAAUGUUCAUAAUGCAUCUUUUGGAAAACAAAAAUACAUGCCUACUUUGUGCAUAUUUGCAUUAACACAGCAAAGAUUGUAUGAAAUACCUGUUUUUCAGAAAAUAAAGUCUUAAAGAAAGA